GUCAGUAGGAUAUUUAAAAGACCUCUGCUGAAAACAGGAGAAAGCAGGCGGACCGUAUUUACACUCGCUAGCCAUACAGAUACAAAGCUGUUUGUGACAAAGUCUCCUUUGGGGGACUUAAUAGAAGACAGCAAUCUGGGUGCAGCUACUGCAGUCUUCUGCUCAUUGUUACCAUGCCGCUCAACGAUGAACGUCCUGCAUCCACAUCCACAUCCACAACAGCGAGUGAAGACCCGAGCAGUGACACGGAAUGUUCGGACAGGUGCGACAGUGUGACGUCGUCGAGUGACUUUGAGUUCUCCCGUCAAAGCUUCACCAGUGGGGACUCCAGCAAUCACAGCUCACCUUCCUCUAGCCCGCCCAAAGUCACAACCCUCGACGGAGUCAUGGCUUCCGCCCGGGACCUUGUCAAUUUGAGCCUGGCACAUGAGAUUAUUAUGAACAACAGCUUUCAUGUUGAGCAGCCCAAUCUACCUCAGAACAGCUUAGAGAAAAAGGUGAAAGAUAUCGUCCACAAGGCAUUCUGGGAUUGCCUGGAGUCUGAACUCAAUAACGACCCUCCGGAGUACGAGCACGCUAUCAGGCUGCUGCAGGAGAUAAGAGAGGUUCUGCUGUCCUUUCUGAACCCCGGAGCAAAUCGCUUGAGAACCCAGAUCUUGGAGGUGCUGGACGUGGACCUCAUCCGGCAGCAGGCUGACAACAAUGCAGUUGACAUUCAGGGGCUGGCCACUUACAUCAUUUCUGUCAUGGCCAAGUUCUGUGCCCCUGUGAGGGAUGAUGAGGUUAAAAAACUGAAGGAGAACUUGGACAACACUGUAGUAAUGUUUAAGGAGAUAUUCCGAGUGCUGGAUCUCAUGAAGUUGGACAUGGUGAACUUCACCAUCCAGAUCCUCAGGCCAGAGCUGCAGAAGCAGUCCGUAGAGUACGAGAGGGCCAAGUUCCAGAGUGUUGUGGAACGUACUCCAAAUGCACUGGACCACACAACUGCCUGGAUUAAGGCAUCUUUGGAGACGCUACUUGCUGUGCCCACUGCCAGUCAGUCCUCUGGUUCUGCAAAGAGCACGCCGGCGCUCCCCAGUCCCACACAGAUAUUCGAUACAGCCUACAUCCAGCUCUUGAACUGGGACCACCAGAAGAAUGUGCUCCCUGAGACACUGAUGACAGACGAGGUGCGCUUACGUGAGCUGCAGCAGCGUCUAAAGCUGCUUCAGACUGUGGCCUCCAUCUUGCUAAUUGUCUACAGCACCAUCGGCGGACCCAUCUCUGGGCUUCCCGGAUUGGCCGACCGGCUUAAGAAGAUGACCAGUGUCCUUUUGGAGGGCAUGCAUGGCCCGGAUUUUGACCUUCCUGAAGCCCUGGAAAAUGUCAGUGUUCAGAUCUGCUCGGAGCUGAAUAAGACCCUGGUGGGGUGUAGCUACCCUGCCAUCUCGCCUGAUGUACAGGCGACACUGAAGGGACAGAUUUGCAGCAUCCUCCAGGAAAACAACCCCAUCCGUAACCUUGUUGGUGAGGCCACGAGUGCUGACCGAGAGGAGAGGGUGCAACAGUACUUCAAGAAUUUCCUCACUGCACCAAACUCCCACCUCACGCCUCCUCCCGUUCCGGGUGGGCUCGCCCUGAUUCAGGCAGAAAUCGGUGUAUUGGGGGCCAAUUUCAUCUCCCUAGUGAACUUCAACAAGCAAGUGUACAGUCCCUUCUACAUGGGCAUCUUAAAGGAUCUGCUCUUCAGCGGGAUGCCCCCGAAUUCACCCCAGAAGACUGCUGUUGCCACAGUGGAUUCCCAGUAAAAACCCAUCCUGGAAAAAACCAUCCCCUUGCCCCUGAUUCCAAACACCUUCCAAACAUGUUUGUCUCUGCAGCCAGCCAGCCAUUUUAGUGCAAGGUGUCAUGUGUGCUGCAUGUUUUAGAUGUCAUUCCCACAAACUAGCGAUCUCCACACUGUCCGCCAGUACUAUUGCGGUAUCCCCGAAUGUUAUGCCAAUAACUUGUGGUGCUUUAUAAAAUGUUAUGCAAAUGAAAAUGUGGUGCUUUAUAUAAAAAAAAGGUGUCGAAUAGACCUACUAGCAGCUCAUUCAAUUGUGGGCUAUGUUUGCCUGUAAAAAAAAAUAUAUAUAUAUAUUCAUAUAUAAUUAAACUACUGUUAUUGGAUCUACUUGAUAGUUAUAUUUGAAAAAUGGAUAAAUUAUUGUAAUGUCUAGUUCUUCUGUUAUUUAGGAGAAUUUUGUGUGAAGUAUUGAGCAUUAUAAAGUCAGGAAUAUCAAAUUUUACUGAAGCCAUUUAUAUUUCAUAAAGGGAGAUGGUUUUAUAUAAUUAGUUUCGGAUGCUUUCUACAUUGAUUUGGGCAAAUGGAUUUCACUGUCACCUGUUGGAGGACAAAUUUUUUUAAAAAAAGGGCCGAACUGUCAUUGGGUUGUGACUCAAGUGCCACCAUUUCUUACCGGAAGAUGGACCAUUUUGUAUGUCGGGUCCUGUUUUUAAGUCUCAGUGACUCGUAACUGCAGUGUUAACCUUGAGUAAUGUUUGUUAUAACUAAAGAUGUAACCGGUGAAAAUCACUUGAACUGACGCCGUUUGCUUAUAUUUUGGAAAUAGGCCUACGAUGAUUUUUUUUUUUUUUCAGGUUUGGAAUUUUGCUUGGCAUUUGGUUUGCUUUCCAAAUGCAGAUGCAGCCAUCCGUGUUGAAGGAACAACUGUGUGGGAAAUAGGUCAAGUUUUAUUUCAUUGGAUAUCAGUUUGAACACCUUAAGUAGUGAUGGACAAAAUGAAGCUUCACGAACCAUUUGGUGUAUUUUUUGACCCCACUAGAUGGUGCUGUCUGCUCAAAAAAGGGUUCAAAGCAUGCCCCAAUGCAAACCAAGAGCACCAUCUAGUGGGGUCAAAAAAUACAGCAAACGGUUCAUGAAGCAUAGUUUUCUCCACUAUUAUUACGUAUAAUUUCUGUAUCUUGGCUGUUUGAAGAACUCAUUUUACCAACUAGUCAUAGAGGUAGAAUUUGUCGAUGUUGGUGUAACCAUUUCAAAAUAUAAAUAUGUAAGGUUUGUUGGUUUUUUUUUUUCCUUCUGCUGCAAUGGGUAAAAUACAGUUUUUAAAUGUAUGCUUUACUACUCUGUAUUACAGGCGACUGUGUAAUGCAUUUUCAUGUGGCUGUAGUCAUGUGUUUUGUUAUGCGACGCUGUCAUUUUCACUAGAGGAGAAAUAAUAGCUGAACCCCAACAUCCGUGAUCUCUAAAUAAACAUUACUCUUUUGUAAAAACUUACAUUUACUAUAGCCAGAAUGGUUUGUGUGUUAUAAGAAUUCGUGUAAUGCAGUUAUAUUAUGGUGAAAUAAAUGCAUCCCUUUUGAAACCAA